AUGACUACUCAAGCUCAGUCAAAAAUUAAACCACCAGAGCAAUAUUUCUUGCCACCUACCGAGUAUUGCCCCAAUAGCAAAAUGCCGGUGUUGGUUUAUCGCAACGUUCUUCCAAGUCCGCGGACGAUCGACUCAGCGCAGACAUGGAUUGAAAAGAAUGGUUGGUUGAGAGCAGGUAUUGUCUGGGUAGCCACUUCUCGACGCCAUUUUCAUCCUAAUGUCCAUGAGUGUUAUGCAAUUCUUUCGGGGUCAUCCGACGUUCUGAUGGGAGUAGGAAAAUUUGAUGAUACCGACGGAGUUUCAUCAGAGAGCGAACGGCAUGAUAAGCCUGGUUUACUUCUGACCCUCAGAGAAGGAGACGUGGUCAUACACCCGGCUGGCACCGGCCAUUCCAACGUCCGCGACGAAGGUGAUUAUCGCUAUCUAUCCUUCUUCCCUGAGCUGAUUCUAAACGAGGGUUCGCCGAGAUGGAUAUCUGAGAACGGAGAGAGGCGGCUGGAUCAGGCUCCAGAAUUACUGGAGCUGAUUGCUCAAGUUCCCAUGCCACAGGAUCCUGUAAUUGGAAAUGAAGGAUACCUGGUUCCUCUUUGGCGUGCUGCCAGUGAGUAG